CCCGCGGAACUGCAUUGGCCCUCAGGACAUUCAGCACACGGAGGAAUUCCUCAUCAAGCCCGAGUCCCGGAUCCCCCAGCUGGACACGUCUCAGUGGCCCUUGUUGCUGAAGAACUUCGACAAGUUAAAUGUGAUGACAGCACACUACACGCCUCUGUCUUCUGGUGCUAAUCCCCUGAAGAGAGAGAUUUCGGACUAUGUUAGGUCUGGCUUUAUUAACCUGGACAAACCCUCCAAUCCAUCUUCUCACGAGGUGGUUGCGUGGAUCCGACGCAUCCUUCGAGUAGAGAAGACUGGACACAGUGGCACUCUGGAUCCUAAGGUGACUGGGUGCCUCAUUGUGUGUAUUGAGAGGGCAACACGACUGGUCAAAUCUCAGCAGAGCGCAGGCAAAGAGUAUGUGGGAAUUGUUCGGCUGCACAAUGCAAUUGAAAGUGAGGCUCAGCUUGCCAGGGCCAUAGAAACUUUGACAGGUGCCCUGUUUCAGCGACCACCCCUCAUUGCUGCUGUCAAACGACAGCUGAGAGUCAGAACCAUCUACGAGAGCAAGCUGGUGGAGUAUGAUCCUGAGAGAAGAUUAGGUAUCUUCUGGGUGAGCUGUGAAGCAGGCACAUACAUACGAACACUCUGUGUCCACCUUGGCUUGCUGCUUGGUGUGGGGGGCCAGAUGCAGGAGCUCCGCAGAGUGCGCUCGGGCAUCCUGGGAGAGAAGGACAACAUGGUGACUAUGCACGAUGUCCUGGAUGCACAGUGGCAGUAUGACAACAACAAAGACGACAGCUACCUGCGAAGAGUCAUCCUGCCACUGGAGAAACUGCUGACUUCACACAAGCGCCUGGUCAUGAAAGACAGUGCAGUUAAUGCUAUUUGCUAUGGAGCCAAGAUCAUGCUGCCUGGUGUCCUGAGGUAUGAAGAUGGUAUUGAGCUUAAUCAGGAGAUUGUUGUCAUCACUACUAAAGGAGAAGCUAUCUGCCUAGCUGUUGCCUUGAUGACCACAGCAGUCAUUUCUACCUGUGACCAUGGCAUUGUGGCGAAGAUCAAGAGAGUGAUCAUGGAGAGAGACACCUAUCCCCGCAAAUGGGGCCUUGGUCCCAAGGCCAGCCAAAAGAAGAUGAUGAUCCAGAAGGGGCUGUUGGACAAGCAUGGAAAGCCCAAUGAGAGCACACCGGAUUCCUGGAAGAAGGAGUAUGUGGAUUACAGGGUUGCUUCCAACAAAGAGGCAGCUGCUGUUCCCCGAGCUAUGUCAGAGCUGGAGAGGGCUCCAAAGAGGAAACGAGAGUCAGAGAGUGAAGCUGAGGAGGCUGUGACCCCACCAUCCCCUGCCACCCCACCGUCAGAGGAGCUGAGCAAGAAGGAAAAGAAAAAGAAGAAGAAAGAGAAGAAGGCCAAAGAGGCAGCUGAGAGUGGGGGAGAACCAAUAGAAAUGACCAGUGAGACCAGCACGAAGAAGAAGAAGAAGAAGAAACAAAAAGAGAGAGAAGAGAGUCCAGAGUAA